UUGUCUUUCUAUCAAGAAUAACUUGUUAGUAAUAGUCAAUUCUGGCUGCUUUUGAGGCUGACUGUUUCCACUGAAGCAUCAGAGGUUGUCAGACUGGUUCUCACUGAAGCUAAACCGUUAUCCAGUAACUGAGGACAGCAGACGUGGCAUUUUUAAAAAGACUUAAAGUUCUCCAACCCUGCGGCAAAAGCAACAACAAACUGCUGAUCGGCUGCAUCUAAUUCCUCGGAUUUUGGGAUAUCUUCUCAGUCAUUUUUCUUCCUUUUUAUUAAUAGUUUAUAUGAAUUGAACUAUUCUGAAUUGUGCGAAUUUGGAAAAACAAAAAUCAAGACUCUAACAUAUUUUCGAAAGAAGCUUAAAAAGACAAAUUAUGACCUCCAAAGAAGACGCAAAAGGCGCCUCGGUUGAGGAUCGAAGGCGCAGUCCGUUGGACCAGCUUCCUCCCCCUGCUAACUCAAACAAGCCCCUCACUCCUUUCAGCAUAGAGGAUAUUUUAAACAAACCUUCUGUCAAACGAAGUUACACAAUUUGCGGCACUGCGCACCUGCUUUCGUCCAGCGAGAAGCACCAGUCCACGGGCCAUCACCUCUCCAACCGUGCGCUGCUCACACAGACAUCUCCACUGUGCGCCCUGGAGGAACUCGCUAGCAAAACCUUCAAGGGACUAGAAGUCAGCGUUCUGCAAGCGGCAGAAGGAAGAGACGGCAUGACACUGUUCGGUCAGAGGAAUACCCCCAAAAAGCGGAGAAAGUCGAGAACAGCCUUUACCAAUCACCAAAUCUAUGAACUGGAGAAAAGAUUUCUCUAUCAGAAAUAUCUGUCUCCUGCUGAUCGGGAUCAGAUUGCCCAGCAGCUCGGGCUAACGAAUGCUCAAGUCAUCACCUGGUUCCAGAACCGUCGAGCCAAACUCAAAAGAGAUCUGGAAGAGAUGAAAGCUGACGUGGAGUCGGCCAAAGCAGUAGGCAAUGUACCUUUUGAAAAAAUGGCCAAAUUGGCAGACCUAGAGAAAUGCGUCAAUGGCACUCUCGGAGAAUCAAUGGCCAAGUCUUCAACACUAUCUAACAAGGAGCACGAGGGCACCAACAAACUGCACAUGUCGCCAUCAUCACCAUUUACAGACCACACAACAAGCAAAGAGUGUUCAGAAGAUGAAGACGAGGAAAUUGAUGUCGAUGACUGACUAUUCUUGAACAGCAUCGGUAUUAUUUACCUUUUUUCCUGAGAUGAUCCUCCAGAAAAAAAAAAAAAAAAAAACAUUGAGUUGAAAGUGCCAUUAAUGCACCAAAUGUAUUAAAUGACUUGUAUUAAAAGCAAAACAAAUCAAUAUAAAAAGAAAAAAAAUAAUAACAAGCAUGGGACAGUUUCUUCAGAUCUAUUUAUGCAGUGGGAGUUAUCUAAUAUUGUAAUCAUUUAGCCUAUUCGUUUAAACAGAUAGCUGAAGAGCAAUAAGUACCUUGAUAAUACUUCAGUCAUGUAAACAUACACGCACUACAGACACACGCAUACACGCACUUAAAGCACGAUUGCCCAUACAGAACUUUUUUUAUUCAUUUCUAAAUAAGUUGAAUGCAUGUUCUAUUUUGUUUCACGAAUUAUUUUAGUUAAAAUGACUGCAGAUCUUGUAUAGAUAUCUCAUCCAAAACGUGAAUCACCUCUGCGUGUCCCUAAACCUUUUGGCCUAUAACAAAAAUCGUUUGAUAAAAGAGUGUAUUAUAGAACAUUUCCUACAAAAUUUAUCGCAAGAAAAAGACAUUUAAAAAAUCAACUUCUCUGAUUAAAUCUGGACUGUCACAUUUUAAUAUAUUUCUUAUGGUUUGUAUGCCUGUAAGUGCCUUUUUAAACCAGGAAACCAUUUAAACCAAGUGUACAAAGUGUAAUG